AUGCUCACUCUAUCCCUCUCCGGCGCAUUGAGAUUCACUCUAUUCCUCUCCGGCGCAUAUAGAUUUUCUCUAUUCCUCUCCGGCGCAUUGAGAUUCACUCUAUUCCUCUCCUGCGCAUUGAGAUUCGCUCUAUUCCUCUCCGGCUCAUUGAGAUUAACUCUAUCCCUCUCCGGCUCAUUGAGAUUAACUCUAUCCCUCUCCGGCGCAUUGAGAAUCCACGGAGUAUUGCAACAUCUAUUGCCGGGUACGCUAUUCCAUUUGGCUCCACAGCCGUAG